AAAUCACCAAUGACCAGGAACCGCCACCAGACACACUGAGAUGUGUACACCCACAAAGAUAUACAGAAGUCAAAAUAUCAGGUUCCCUUUUAAUUUUCAGUCACUGAGUAGGGCUAAUUUAUUUUAUUUUCAUAGACAAAAUUUGAGAGAAUAGCUUGGCUUACAAGUGGAUAAAGUUGUGUAGGCAGAGAGAGACAUUUUGGGUUUCGUUUGGUGAGAGGAAAUUUGGUAAACGUUGUGCAAUGGUGCGGGAAAAGUUUUGAAAGAGUGUGAGAAACAAUUGAAGCUAAGUGCCUGAAGUAGGUCAGUUCAAGAAGAAGCCUUCAUGUUGCAUCCGUACAGAAUGGAGGGGUACCUCAUCUCACCUGGUCCUGCAUCAGAAGACAUAUACGAACCCGACAUCUAUAGACAACAGAUGUCAGAAUAUUCAUAUCCCUAUGUCAUCGAUGCAGAGAGUCAAGGAGAACACUGGGACUAUCACGCCACUCAUCAUGUUCAUCCUCUGGACUUUGACAACCUCCAAGAGGGCCACUUCACUGAGCUCCAGAGUGUCCAGCAACUACAUCUACCCAGUAUGGCUCGUUACAGCGAUGUUGACACUCUCUCUCUGGACCCUGGCCUUGGGGGACACAACCAUGCCCUACCCCCACCGUUUGUUGUGUCCAAGGUGUCAUAUUACCCUCGUGCCAUGGGCUACUUGCACCCCUCUCCUCAGACGAUGAGGAGCUCAGACGACGAGGAGCCAGGAGGCCGCAGCCCUCCACUAGAAGUGUCUGAUGAAGAGUGUCUGAGAGACCACAUUGCCCAAGUAACAAGGGGAGAAUUGGGCAACAAGAAGAAGAUCCGUCUGUACCAGUUCCUGCUGGAUCUGCUGAGGAAUGGGGACAUGAAGGACAGUAUCUGGUGGGUGGACAGGGACAAGGGCACCUUCCAGUUCUCCUCGAAACACAAGGAGGCACUGGCACAUCGGUGGGGCGUACAGAAGGGCAACCGCAAGAAAAUGACCUACCAGAAGAUGGCACGGGCUCUUCGCAACUACGGCAAGACAGGCGAGGUCAAAAAGGUCAAGAAGAAGCUGACUUAUCAGUUCAGUGGUGAAGUGCUAGGGGGGAGGUCUCACUUGGAGAGGAGGCCAUAUUCCCAUUUGUAGAGGGAGAAACAUAGUGGAAGUCCUGAAGAAGGGUAGAGUGAGAGAGAGAUAGUUAACUGUAUAUAGUAUGCAAGAUGGUUAUCAAUGUAAUAAAUAUUGAUUGUGUUCAAAUCAACAAUAACUGUUUUUGCUGCUCUUGUAAAAAGCAUUUAUGUGAACGUCAAAGCCAAUGUCUUAAUGGAAUCUGACAAUUAGCAAGUUUUGCUCCUACAACUCAAUAAUUGCACAAUCACAUCUGGACCUUUUACAUUCUAUAGCAUGUAGAAACAGGACCGUUUCAAAUGAUACUGUCAAUCAUUAUCACCAGAAGGCUUACAGGAGUGGUAAUACAGAUGACCACUAGAAGUCCUCAGAGAUCUCCUUUCUUAAAGCUGGCUGUUUUCACUGACUUCUACGCACUGUUGGACUCACUGACCAUUGUGCACAUUUGACAUUGAUUAGACUUGGAUGCAAUGUAAACAAACAAAAAUACUAUGAUAAAGAACUCUUUAGCAUUAAUGAAAUUGAUUUGACACUCUGAGAUGCACUGACGUUGGAUAUGCAAUUCCUAUUGCUUAACCUUUGGUGUAGCAGCACACAAACACAACAUAUUAUACAUUAGCUUUUGCUAAUCAGAAUUGAGAAUUCAGCCAAGCCGUGGUAUAAAGCUUGUAUAUUUGAUUGAUGGUAUUAUAUGUGUAUUACAUACUAACUCAUGUUAGCUCAAGACUUUGGGAAGGAAACCCUUCUGAACAUUGGGUGGUUUAACCUGCAAACUUUUUGGACUGUCCCCUUGACCAUUACUUCCCUGUAACAACCCAUUGACUUGUUCCUGAAAGGAAAGAGGGUGAAGAGGCUUGUCACCCAGCCCUUAUCAUCUGCUUGUGCUCUGAGAUAUAGCACAGACCCUUGCCUCCUCCGAGCUAGGGUGCAAUCUAUUCCUAGCCUAGGAAUACCAACACAGGGAUAUUUCUCCCAUGCUCUCAAUCAUAGACCCCUGUUUAAACUGUGUGAAAGUGUAUAUGAUAAGGUUGUUCUCCGUACUCUAUGUGCUCUCUGUAUAACACAUGUUGGCAUGUUUGUAUGUUGGCAUGACUCAAUUACAUAUCUGCACGUGGUGAACUCGAAA